AUGCAGUUUACGGAUAAGAAGUUCAGUGAGGAACUCGCUGGACUAGGGACAAAACAAAGAUUCUCCUCAGUAGAACAUCCACAAACAAACGGCCAAGUCGAAACUGCUAAUAAAGUCAUUAUCCAAGAUGAACUUAUAUCAGUCUUAUGGUCUUACAGAACGACACCUCAGUCCUCCACCGGCGAGACCCCUUUCCGACUUACUUAUGGGGUUGAUGCAAUCAUUCUCGUGGAGGUGGGGGAGCCGAGCCCACGAUUAAUUCUGGGUGGAGUCGAGAAAGCUGUGGAAAAGGAUCUGAUCAACGAGGCCAGGGAGAUGUCUCACUUGUCGGAGAUAGCGUUGAAGCAAAGAAUAGCCCAACAAUACAAUGCUAAAUUGUUAAGGAGGAGUUUUGAACCAGAUGACCUGGUUCUGUGA